ACACGCACGCACGCACACACACACACACACACACAAAGCGCGAGACGACCCUACAGCGAUGGAGAAACUGGUGACACCGGAGCCGCACUACAUCCCGGGCUAUGCAGGUUACUGUCCACAGCUGAAAUAUCACAUGGGGAAGCCAUACAGUCAGCUCACAGCUCAUCUCCUGACCUCGCCGGAGAUUUCACACUCCCCGAAACUGGUGCUGAGUUCAGGAUUGUCAUUGUCUGCAGAAAGGGACAUGGGGGCGAGGGAGGAGAUCUGGAGGAGGGGAACAAGACAGUGCAAUACGCCUCAGAGAAUGAUACCAGGCUACACAGGUUUCAUCCCCAGAAUUCAGAAUUAUUUCUCAAAGACGUACGCAGAGACGUGUCGAGAAGCAAUUAGUGAAUUUGAUUCAGAUCAGAAGGUGAGAAUUCGGCCAGCUACAACUGACAAACUACCUGCGGUCGACCGAGCAUUUCCAGACAUCAAGCCACGGAAACUGAACACUCCUUUGGUGGCCAUCUCUAAAGAAGCGAUUCCCUAUAAAUCCCUGGACUGCUGGAGACCCCUGGACUCUCCAUAUUCGAUGGACGACAGCAACCCACAUAAGUACUUCAUUUCAGGGUUUGCUGGAUACGUCCCCAGAGCCAGGUACCUGAUGGGUUCCAGCUUUCCCAUCACCACCAAUAAGGCGCUUAUCCAGUUUGGCAAGCAGAUGAAGACGAGUCACAGUGCGCUCGGCCUGACAAGAGAGAGAGAUGACAAUCUGGUCUCAGCACCUAUCAUCUACCCCACACACCGUGGCCUGCUGCCCCGCUACACUGGACAUGUACCAGGAUACAAGUUUCGAUACGGACAGACGUUCGGGCAGCUCACCAGCAACUCUCUGGAUGUGAGCGGCACACGCAGGAAGAUCGACACUGAGUGAGGGAUGACUCAUAGAGCUUUAGAUGGACCCCAGCAGCUGGUCUGAUCACCAGCACACAGGAAAAAUAUCACAAGAAUCAAAAAUAUGAUUAACAUAAAUGGAAAAAUGCAGCAUGGA